AUCGAUAUGGGGGGCAAGCCAUCUCAUAGACCACCCACAGCGACACCAUAGACUCUUGCCACAUUCUCGUAUAUCCUGGAGACUGAUCGAUCGAUCAUCUCACUCUCGUUCAAAAUCCCGCAGCUCCCGGCACGUUCGCGAUCGAAUCUCUCGAAUUCUAGAUCAACAUACCCGGGGACCGAUCUUGGACGAUGGCGGAACGUCCGGCGUUCCGAUCGACAAGGUCAGAACAGCCUAUAAGGACGAACUACAUCUCGGACGAUGAAGAAGAGCUGGAUAUACCACCGGUGUCAUCGGCCGUAGGAAUCGGUUUAGAAUCGAACUCGGCUUCUUCUUCGUCCAUAAACGGACCUGCACAUACACAUGAAAAUGCUUCGAACCGAAAUCGGAGCAGGCAAGAUUCUCUAUCUGCCUAUCUUCACGGGAUGGACCUCCAAUACCCGGCCUUGGCUUCCCUGAGGGACGCGUUGCUAGGGUAUUUGGGAGAGGCGGAGAUGAUCGUCAUGGAACGAAUCAAGGGGAGACAAGCUGCGGAAGCUCGAGCGCGGUCCGGGUCGGGGUCGUACUUCGAUACCCCGGCUCGAUCAGAUGGUUGUCAACCCGAACACCUAGAUGCUGCUGCCCUCGGACUAUACCCGGAGAGCGAGAACGCGGGGACGCUCGGAUCGACAUCUACAUCGACGAGCUCGACACUGAGACGUCGUGGCAAAGCCCUCAGGAGGAGCUUAUCGGGAUCCUUACCUACCCCUCAACUUCCUUCACCCGAAGCGCUCUUAGCCCAUCUCUCCGCAAUUAGAGAAGACGUCAUAUCUUCCCUCCCCGCCAUCCCCUCUAUCAUCCCAUUCGGACUCCCUAGCCUACCUUCGAGGGCUUCGAUGGCAUCGAUGUCGUCGUUCACGAACCUAGCUCAGGCGGGGAACGUCAAUGUACCGGGAUUCUUACAAGGGUUACCGCAGAGGUUGGGGGUAUUGCAUGAUCAUCUACCAGGAUUGAUCGGUACUGGCUUUCCGUACCACCAUCAUUCGGAAGUCUUUGCUGGCCUCGACCAGGACCGAGCUGCAUCGCCCCCUCCAACUCCUGUGACGCCAACGGGAUUGGCAUCCAGGUUGAGCGCAGAAAACAGGCGACGAGUGAUGGGGCUCGUCAAGAACCUUUUGCCUUCGGAAGACUGGUCCGGCUGGGAAAAGUUGGGAUGGGAGGAUUACGAUGACGAUGAGGACGAAGAGGAUUAUCCGACGUGGACUGCGCCAAGUUCCAGCACCAAGUCGAGAUCGGGGUUGGGCAUGAUCAGACGGAGUCAGAGCUACAAGUCCACCUCUUCUUCGUCUUCUUCAUACGCCAAUAAGACCAGAUCCGAAGGAGAACAAGCUUCGGCGAAAUCCAACCUGUCCCCGAAGAACAUGAUUAAACGGCUGUACAACCCUUCUCACUUUCCGCCUUCCAAGCCCGACCGCGAGUCAGAGAUCGAGGAAGAGCCGGAAUACUUGUUCCCGAACAAGACCCCUGCGGCGGCCAUGAGGCGACAACAGAGCUACGCCGUCAAGCGGGAGGUCAGGGAGUUGAGGCGGGCGAGGAGCGUCAGUCUGAGUGCGCUUGGCGAGCGCAAGGGGAUGACCACGGGACCGGGAAUGGGACCAGGUGCGGAGAUGAGGAGGACGAAGAGUCGGGAUGAUGGGACGAUUUGGAAGGUCGUCUUGACCGAUUCGGAGGGGGAGGACGAGGACGGUCGAGCUGGAGGCAGAGCGGGUAAAAGUAUUGACAACGCAUUAAACUUGGAGGUGGGAGAAGAGGAGGAAGGAGAAGAGCUUGAAGUGGAAAUCGAAGAGGUCGCUACCCUGGACGUCGGUCCGACCGUUCAUGAAGCUUUGCAAAAGAGCGAGAACGGGACCAAGUUGAUCGUCUUCGAUGACCUCCCUUGGUGGAUGCGGAAUAACGAAUACGUCACUGGCGGAUACAGGUUCAUUCCGCUUGAUGCCAAGACGGGUCCGCUGAGAUUGAUCGCGAGCGCUUUCCGCUGGCAUAACGAGACCAUAAACAUCCACUCGCAUUUCAUUCCCUCGGUCCUUCUCGCCGCAUUCUUCAUUCCCUACACUCUGUUCAAUCCACCCUUUUCGGAUCCUGCGCCGCUGGAUAUCUUGACGAUGCUCGCUUUCCUUGCGAGCGCUUCGGCAUGUCUCAUUUCCAGCGCUUCGUGGCAUACGCUCGCGGGUUGCGCCAGGAGAAGGAUCUUCGAAUGGGGAGCCUGUGUCGACUAUGUAGGAAUAUCUUGGCUUAUAUCGUGUUCAAUCCAUACGGUCUACUACAACGGGUUCUACUGUCAAGGCCGAACACUACUCGCUUAUACGCUGACCACACUGGCUGCGGCGAUCGCGGGUUCGAUCGCUCCCUUUCAACCGGUGUUCAAUGAGCCGAAAAACAAGAACCUGAGAAUUGCCUUCUUUUUGGCCAUUUGUCUGACGGCCUUGGCGCCUCUGACACACCUGGCAAUCCAGCACGGGUUGUGGACGAUGAUCAAGUUCGCCGCUCCGGUCGCACCGUCAUGCGCGGCGUACAUCGUGGGGUUGACUUUUUACGCGACGCAUUACCCGGAAAGUCGAUGGCCCGGCCGGUUCGAUUGUUUCGGGCACAGCCAUCAGAUCUGGCAUCUGUCGAUCCUAUUUGGGAUUUACUGGCACUAUACCGGCAGCCUUGUCAUCUUCGAGAGUCGGCACGGCAUGGCUUGUUCUCUCGACACUGGAGUUGGGGCACCUAUGAGCUCGUACUUGAGAGGAUGGGGAGAGUGGAUGUUGCCCGCCGGGCUGUAUCAUCACGGGCAUCCGCAACUUCAGCAUCAGAUGGAGUACCGCGUGGGAUGACGCUACAUGAUGGAUUUUGAAGUUGGACGUGCGAAUGGUGGCAUCAUGAUGUAGCAAUUAGCAUAUUAGCAUAGCAAAUAGCAUGGCUCGGAUUCGACCAGUCGCGCCA